GGAGAGAUAAGGAAGUGGGCCCACUCCUGGAACAGUUUAAAAGGGAAGGCUCUGCCCUGCAGCAAGGCACUCCCAGAGGACGCACCCAACAGCAACACUCACAUCACCACCUGAGCCGCACAGACAGCAAACAUGACUUUCAACGGCACCUGGAAAGUGGACCGCAGCGACAACUUUGACAAAUUCAUGGAAAAGAUGGGUAUCAACAUGGUCAAGAGGAAGCUGGCUGCCCAUGACAACCUGAAGAUCAUCAUCGAGCAGACAGGAGACAAGUUCAGCAUCAAGGAAUCCAGUGCCUUUAGGACCCUGGAGAUUGACUUCACUCUGGGGGUCAAAUUUGAGUACUCCCCAACUGACGGAACAGAGCUCGCUGGAUCCUGGGCCAUGGAGGGAGACACCAUGAAGGGCACCUUCAACAGGAAAGACAACAACAAUGUCCUGACAACGACAAGGGUUAUUGUUGGAGACGAGCUUGUUCAGAGCUACAGCUACGAGGGUGUGGAGGCCAAGAGGAUCUUCAAAAGAGGUUAAAGGAAAUCCAGAUGAUCCAGCCGUCUUUCAGACACACAGCAUCUCCCCUUGGAUGACCUUACACAAGGUGGCACUGAGGGAACUUUCUCUAGUUCUUCAACUAUUCCAAAAAGACUGUGAUGCACACCAAUGGCUGAGAUAUGAUUUUACUGGUAUGACAGGCUGCCAUACGUCCUUCAUUCAGUGAUGCACUGUUCACAACACACAGCACUUAAAACCAUCUAUUUACACUUGAUAUGAAAUUAAAUAAAAGCGAUUAGUUCAGUAAUUGUGUGUUUUUUAAUACUCUGAUGAGUCACCACCUCAUCAUUGUUCCUCAUUGAAACAUGAAGCAUACUUUUUUUUUUCGUUAAACGCUUCC